UGUCACGUCCAUCGCGACCGUUGUCGUGCACGCGCGUGCUUUGACAGGUGAGCGCGCGCAGCUGGCCCGUGGCUCUCGCUGACUGACAGAUGGAGUUGUUGCUGUGACUCGCGCUCGGACUCAAAGCAAAGCUAAAAUUGAUUGAAAAACAGGAGGAAAUUCACUUUAAAUUUAAUCUGCAAUGACAGGGGAACACACCGAGAAUGGAGAGAAGUCAACGAACUCGGAGAGUGAAAUCCUGAUCAAACAGCUGAGGGAGAUCACCGGCAUCGAGGAUCCUCAGGUCCUCUGCAGAGCCCUCAAUGCCAGUCAGGGGGACAUCGGCCAUGCUGUCGGGCUGUUGACGACCCUGUCUGCGGAGGUUCAGGAUCCUGAAGAACCUCCGGAGCCGGGGCUGUCUGCAGAGGACUGGGACAAACAGAAAGGACUUCCUAAAGAUGAGCUGCAGACGGCCAUAGAGCUCAGCCUGCAGGAGUCCCACAAUGCCCAGGAGGAGGAGAGAGAAUUCAACAGGGCUCUGGAGGCCAGCGCUGAGGAGAGCGCAGCGAGGAUGAAGAGGAAGAGGAGUGAAGCUCAGAGUGAAACGUGCAGUCCCGCAGAGUGGAUCCGGCAGGACGAGUGGCCCGUGGGCAUCAGAAACGUGGGAAACACCUGCUGGUUCAGCGCCGUCAUCCAGUCUCUGUUCCACCUGCCCAUCUUCAGGAGGCUGGUUCUCAACUACCAUCUGUCUGAGAGGAUCCUGGAGAAGUGUAAGAGCCAUUCUGACAAGAGGAACAUCGCCUUCAUGCAGGAGCUGCGCUGUCUCUUCGCCCUGAUGGUCGGAUCCUCUCGCAGGUUUGUGGAUCCGUCUGCUGCGGUGGAGCUGCUGAGAGACGCCUUCAGGACCAGCGAGGCCCAGCAGGACGUCAGUGAAUUUUCCCACAAACUGCUGGACUGGCUGGAAGAUGCUUUUCAGCUCGCUGCCAAUGAUAACGUCGAAGACAAACAGAAGAACCCAAUGGUCCAGCUUUUCUACGGUACCUUUGUGACAGAAAGAAGACACGAAGGGAAGACGUUGUGUAACAUCGAGCAGUUCGGACAGUACCCUCUGCAGGUGAACGGCUUCAACAACCUGGAUGAAUGUCUGGAAGGAGCGAUGGUGGAGCGAGAGAUCGAGUCUCUGCACUCAGAUCACAGCGUCACGCCUGGACGAGAGAGAUGGUUCAAAAAGUUACCCCCAGUCCUGACAUUCGAGCUGUCGAGAUUUGAGUUCAACACUCAGCUCGGUCGCCCCGAAAAGAUUCACAAGAAACUGGAGUUCCCUCAAAUCAUUUAUAUGGACAGAUAUCUUCACAAAAACAUAAACCAGACCCACGAGAGGAGAGGAGACGUGAGAAAACUGAAGGAGCAACUCGCAGCCCUGCAGCAGAAACUGGAGUGCUAUAAGAACUACGGCUCCGGACCCUCCAAGUAUCCUCUGGCCGACAUGCUGCAGUUUGUGCUGGAAUUCGCCACUACCAAACCCACCAGUGUUUCCCCCGCUGAAGACCUGAGAGCUGCUUCUCCUGCAAACCCCCUCCUCAAUGAACCCCUCCCGAAAGACAGCAGUGACCCUUCAGACGCUGAGUCAUCAGACGAUCCUGUUUCCGGGGUUUCCAGUUGCCAGAGGACCCCCAUCUACAAGCCCUUUACCCAGUGCAGACUGCCCAUAGACUGCCCACCCCACCCUGCCCCCCACAGCGUCUCUGAAGAGGAGCUGCACUUUGUGAAGACCUGCCUGCAGCGCUGGAGGACCGAAGUAGAGAAUGACAUAAACGAGCUAAAGGCCAGCAUUGAAAAGCUCACUCAGAUGCUUGAGGCCAUGUACACAGACAACAGCCUCUGCCAGGCGCCCUACAGACUUCAUGCAGUGCUCGUCCACGAAGGCCAGGCAUCAGCGGGACAUUACUGGGCGUACAUCUACGACCAUGCCAACAAGCGCUGGAUGAAGUACAACGACGUGAGCAUCACAGAGUCGUCGUGGGAGGAGCUGGAGAGAGACUCGUUUGGGGGGAUGACCAACGCCAGCGCCUACUGCCUGAUGUACAUCGAUGACAGGCUACCAAACCUCACCACAGAAGCCACAGACGACGAGACAGGCCAGGUUCUGCACGGCAUGGACUCCCUGCCGCCCGUCCUGCGGCGCUACGUCAACGAGGAUAACCGCUGGUUCCAGCAGGAGCUCAGCGAGUGGGAGGAGCAGUUCUGCCAGACGGCGGCUCCCCAGGGAGAGUCCACAGACCCCCGUCCAGAGGAUAAACAACAGACAGCGGUCGAGCCGGCACCGCAGUCAGGACCGUCCACAGAAGAGCUCGAAGAGGAGGAGACUUCCUCAGAACCACGACGGGAACCAGAAGCAGAAGAAGAUCCUGAUCCCAGAGAGCAGCCUGAAGAAGAAUCAGAGUUAACUCCUCCACUACAGAACGGCCUCCGUCCAGACGACAGCAGCAGUGCAGCCGUCACUGACACCCUGAGCCCCCCCUCAUCCGAGAAGGAGCUUCAGAGUCAGACGCAUGAAGCAGAGCCCAGUAAGGCUGACCUCCACGUGGAGAGGGAGGACUCGCAGACAGCAGCCCGGGACUCUCACACUGCAGGCGGGUCGGAAGCCUCCAGAGAAACCCCUGAAGAAGAGGAGCAGCAGGAGGACGAGGAGCAGCAGGAGGCCCCGGUCCGACAGCGGCAGACGGAGAACGAAGUCUCGGAGGUGGAGAUCCCAAACGUGGGCAGGAUCAUGGUGAGAGCCGACGCUGACGGAUACAACGAGGAGAUGAUGCUGACUCCGGCGAUGCAGGGCGUCAUAUUAGCGAUCGCCAAGGCCAGACAGAUCUUCGAUAAGGAAGGCCCUGAGGCCGGACUCAUUAAGGCCUUCCACGAGGAGUACUCCCGUCUGUUCGAGCUCUCUCAGGAGGAGACGACCCCCCCGGAGGACGUUCGCCUGCAGCACUCUCUGGUCUACUUCUUCCAGAACAAAGCGCCAAACCGCAUCAUCGAGAGGACGCUGCUGGAGCAGUUCACUGACCGCAACCUGAGCUUCGACGAGAGAGCCAUCAGCAUCAUGAGGGAAGCUCGAACCAAGCUGCGCCUCAUCAAGCCCGAGGACAUGGACAUGGAUGAGUACUUGCAGUGGCACGAUGACUACCGGCUCUUCAGGACGGUGUUCGUGUACCUGCUGACCGGACUGGAGCACUACCAACACGGGAAGAUGCGGGAGGCGCUGAUCUUCCUCGCUCACGCGUACGAGACCAACACGGCCCUGCUGAAGAACGGAGAGAAGCGAGGCCUGGAGAAAUCUCUCAUCGGCGUUUACAGGAGGAAAUGUCUCACUGCGUUGAACGACAGUGCGGCGCAGCUGUUCUGCAGCGGGGAGGAGGGCGGUGUGGAGGAGGGCGUCUCCAUCAUGGAGGAGGCGGUGAUCCCCUGCCUCCACCUGAUGAGCCGAGACCAGACUCUGACCCGGGAGGACCGGGACGCCAUGGAGAGCAUCCGCAGCCACUGGUGCUGCUGCCUGGGCCGAGACAUGGAGGACUCAUUGCAGGAGAAGCUGGGGGAGUUUCUGCCCCGGGUUCUGGACGGUUCUGCUGAGACUAUCAUUCUUAAAGACCCCCCAAAAGUUCACGUGACGGCGGCCCACGACCUGUGCAGCCGCCUGGCCGCGGUCAUGGAGUCCCUGCACAAAACCUCCAUCGUCAGCGUGAAGUAAAACCCGGGAUCCAUCCCAAAACACUCAUUUAAUCCAAGUCCAUUUUGAUGGAAAGUAACUUUAUCUGAGUAUUUUCUUUCUGUGCCACGUGCACUACACUGCAUCCCAGAAGGAAAUAUUGUACUUUUUAACCCACUUCAUUUAUUGAUCACCUUAAAUGACUUUUAGAUUUAAAUAUAUGUUUUCAUGUGGAUCAAACGAACCCAAAAAUACUAGUAUUAUACUUACGCCAUAAAACUUCUACUUAAGUAACAUUCUCAAUGUGGUACUUUUACUUGUAGUGGAGUAUUAGUUCUUUAGUCAGAAUACUUCUUCCAUCACUGGGAGGAUCUUUUUCUAGGGGUAAAAUGCAGCCCAGAGGCUGUUGAAAUAUACUAACAGAACGUAAAAAUGUCCCAGGUUUUGCAAAAGUGGCCCACUAUCGUGUUGCAGAACUGCUAGAAUAAUGUAUUUGACCAGAUAUGAGUUUAAAUACUGGCCAAAAUUGACUGAACUAAGCCGGAAGAGAUCGGACUGGUGGGAUUUUUUGUUGUGUUGCUAAGCAGAUUAAGGCCUUUAGACAGGGCUAAAACAACACUAGUUUAAUACUGCACGGUAACAAAUGCUUUUUUAAAUUAAAUAUAUGUUUUAUAUAACGUUACCAGGAACUUGUAGGUGAAACUAGAAAGAAACUUAUCCACAGAUCUAUUAUGGCAGUAUCUCCGUUAACCGUGUGAAGCCUUUGAGAGGAAACACACGGGACGAGAGAGGAGCUCCUUUUCGUCUGGUGUCACUUUACUCUGUGAUGAUACUCAAUAAAUGUUUUAAAUACUCUGA